AUGAAGGCGCUUAGAGCUGGGUCGAAGGAGGCCGCCUCCUGUCCGGCCAUCAUCUCUGUUGCGGGAGCCACGGUGGACCUCCCCCCCGAACAGUGGAAGCUGCUCGCAGAGGAUAAGCAUCCUCUCACGGCCCGUCUGUUCGACUUUGUCACCGGGGACCUGGUCGACAAGAAGAGCUCGAACGCGAGCAUGCUCAUUCUGCUUCACCCCGACCACUUGUCGCUUGACGGUGACGAGACGUGGAACACGCGGUUCAUUCGCGUUGCUAUUCCCACUGGUGGUGCGGAACACGUCACCGCGGCUGAUGCGAUUGUGGAGUGGUUUCAGGGUCGCGUCGACGAGGAUUUUGCGCGCGGCUCCAUUCAGUGCACCCGCUCCCGCCAGCUUAAGGAUCCCAAGCGUCUGUUGGAUCUGGACGCGACGUCAUUGAAGGGCUCCUGCGGCAACAUCGCUUGUCUGUUCGCGUUCGACAAGAUCCUUGCCCAGUUGGACGCGGUCGCUGCCAGUGGAUCCGGGCCGCAAUUCUCGAGGCCAACCGCGAAGACUCUGAAUGCACUGCGGCAUGAGGCGUACCAAACCGCCGAAGAGCUCGCGUUCAACUUGAGCGUGGAUUUGACGCGACCCAUGCAAGGCGGUGAGGCUGAAAGUGCUGAAACGGGGAAGGUGCAGAAAGUGGCUACGGGUGCGCAGGUUGCUGACCAUGGUGUUCUUGCUCUCACAGGUGCUGCUGGUGUUUCGAACCGCGGAGGUGCUCGGGGGGGGACGGUGGUCCACGCUGAUGACGAAGGGGCCGAGGAUACCGCGACUAAGGGUGCAACCCGCGAUGAGGCUGACCGCGCUGUUGCGCGUGAGGGGGAGGAGUCGAGCGAGGAGGAGGCGGAGGCUCACGUGGUAGCGGACGCGGCAUCCAGCAGGCCCACUACAUCCGGCAAGAGCAUCAAGCACCUCGCGCAGCAAUUGGCCCCCGGUGCUGGAAGCGCGGGCCCGAGUGGUGAGGUCGCGGGCAAGAGUCCCGUGACAGGUCCGCGUGAUCACGCGUCCCUGUCCUCGUUGCCAUCGCAUAAGCUUGCUGCCGAGAUCCUGCAGCUCGAAUUCAGGCUUGCAGCGCUGGCCGAAGAGAACGCACGGCUGAAGAAACGCCAGGAGUCGGGGGUUGGUGGGGUCGCGGUCGUGGGCUCUGAGGAGCUUGCGUCCGCGCUUGCUAAUGCGGUUCGGGUGUUGGAGAAGGAGGCGAGGGCGAUCGCGCAGGAAAGAGCGGCCCUGGUCGAUACUCGUAACCAGGAGGCGUUGGUGCUGGGGCGAGUGGACGCGAGGCUGGGACAGCUGCAGGGGGUUGUGACAGACUCCAUGGAAGCCGCUCAGAAGAAGCUGACGGACGAGGUUGCGCGGAAGAUCGACAACAUGUCGACCGCGGACAUGCUGAAGCAGAAGUGGGGCGAUGCAUCGCGAGGUGCACCACCGCCUGGUCAACCGGGUUCGAGCUCGCGCUCCAUCCCACCUGGAGAAGUUGCACCCAAACCACCGGGCCCUGCCGGGGCAACCGCGACAGUGACAAGUACUGUGGGUCGGGGCAAGGGUAAGGCGGAGGAUGGAGAGGCGCCGGCUGCUGCGGGUUCGCUGGCCUCGAGGCGUGAGGUCCAGUCCGCGGCGGGUGCUGCGGCAGAGGGCAGGCAGACCACGCUCGCACCCGCUCGUGCCUCAAUCACCGCGGGACAUCUGCACAGCGCACUGGCAUCUGCAAGUCCUAUCGCGACCUCGGUCGAGGGCAAGGCAGAGAAACGCGGACGGGGUGGCAAGAAGUUGCCCACUCCGCUCGUGUACACGAUCGACGAGGACGAUGCGGAUGAGGAGCUGGAGGGUCUCGUGAGCAGGUGGGUCGAGGCGGGCGACGGAGGAGAGAAGGGUGGGGAGGCCGCGGUCGAUAUUUAUAGCGGCGGAGAGAGCGCGGACGAGCAAGACGGAGACCCCGUGAUCGUGGAAAGUGGCACAACGGGAGGACAUGGUGACACCGGCCCCAAGCGCAAGGGCUGCAGCAUCCGCGCUCCACCCAGGGGCGGGCCCGGAUUGGUUUCUGAACCCCAUCUGGGGGGGAAGAAGCGAUGGCUCGGACACGGCGACCGCGAAGACCUGCAGUACAAGACCGCGAUCGCGAUGUAUCCAUACGACGGGAAGGUCGACCCCGGGCUGAACCUGAGCCAGAAGCAGAUCCGAGAGUGGGCCGCGGACCUGUCCAACGCCGAGAGGUUACAUACGGGCCUCUUAAUCACCAUGCACUACCGCAACCUCGUGGCAAGCAAGGACAGGUGGCAACGCAUGUUCGAUUCCUAUCGCAGGCUUACCAAGCCCGGAAUGCACACCACCAACGUGAUUGCAUGGGCCGCGGUGGUAGGCAAGGAGGCUGCAGCAGAAGAAGCGGAUCUCGGCGACGUGGAGCCGACGGACUACGCGGGAGCGAUCGCAUGCGCCAUUGCAAUGGUGUGGGAGGUCACUCGCGGUUCUAACGUCACUGCCGCAGCGGAUAAUGGAAACCUGGCCGCGCGUGCUGCUGGUUGCUAUGGAGAGCGAAGCCGUCUCUUCCCCGUAGUAUCCGCGUACGUCAUCAAUGCGGUGCGGAAGCGCAAUUGCCGCGAGGAAGAUGAGCCACAGGUUGUCGCGGACCCGAAGGCGGUCGCCGCCGCGAUCGUGUCCGGAGUCGUGAGCGAGGUCGUUGCAAAGUCUCGCGAUCUCAGGCACAUUGAGUUGGCCGCCCGCGAAACGGUGGACGUUAUCAUCACCUGGUGCGACUGCUCGGUGGCAGGGAAGCAGAUGGAGUCCUUGGGUUUGUACCUUGCCCUGCCCAAGGAUCGUCUGAAGAAGCGCACUUGA